AAUGUCUAACAGUGUUGAAUCGGAUUACUCUAAUCAUCGGCGAACAUCUUCUAUAACUUCCAAUCUUUCGGCUAUAUCUUCUAAAACUACUAUUGAAAGUUUAGAAUCGGAGGAUUUUAAUGAUAAAACAAACAAAUUAGCUCAUUUAAUAGCUAAUCUAUUCUGGAAACCAUCUCUAUCAUUUACAGAAUUCGUAUACGAUGAAAAUCAAGUAGACGAAGAAGGUUACGAAAUAAAGAAAUAUGUUGACUUUGAAAGUCUCUGGCCAACUAAGAAUAAAUUUAGUAGUCUUCUUAAAGAGUUAUCUCACGAAGAUAAUUAUCAUGAAAUACUCAAUGAAAUUCUUAUUUUCUCAUUCUUCUGCAACAUUAGGCACGUUUUUCAAAUUCUGUUGAAUGAUAAUUUCAUUGGUAUAAAUCAUCAACUAUUGGAUGGUUUCCCAGCAUUACAUACUGCUUGUAUUGCUCAGAAUAUAGACGCUGUUUGCAGGCUAGUUACUCAAAUGAAUGAUUCAGAGAUAAAAAGUUUAGACAACAAAUACGCAUUUACAGCUUAUCAGGUUGCUAGAUGCCAAGAUAUUCGUCGGGUUCUGCCAAAUGCUAGAUAUAGUCUUGUUCAAACUGCUAAUAUGAUAAAGAUGUCAAAUAGUUCAAAUUAUUUUGAAAUGGCAAGAAAUCCAGAUCAAAUCACUGAUUUACAGUUGAGAUUACAAUUAUUCAAGUUUGAUGUAAAUAGGCAAUACAAUGAAGAUGGUAAUUAUCUUAUUCAUAUUGCUACUGAAACUGGUACAAAAAGCAUUCCUCUCCUACUCUCCUUAGUCAGAAUUCAGAAAUGUGACGUUGAUAUCGUAAAUGGUAGCGGGCUAACCCCUCUUAUGUUGGCGGCUCAAAGAGGCCAUGUAGCAGUUUGCGAUGUGUUAAUUUGUGUUCUUGGAGCUAAUCCGAAUAUAAUUAAUCCAGAGAAUGGAUGGAGCGCUCUACACUAUGCAGCAAAGUAUAACAGGAUUGAAGUUAUUGGAACUUUGGAGAAGAGAGGUGGAGAUUUUAAUACGGAGGAUUUCAAGGGCAGACGCCCCGAUGAUGUUGCUUCUUUUUACAAGAAUUACGAAUCGAAGUGGUUACUGGAACAUUUACGAUAUAGACGUACGGAUUUGUUGAAAAAAGCUAUUGAUACGGGAAAAUUGAAUAAGUUCGAGAUCAGACCAACAGAUCUAGUUACCAUUGAUCGGAGUGGCUAUACGUUAUUGAUGCUCUCUAGCAUACAAAAUCGAUACGAAAUUCUUGAAAUGCUGUUAACUUUUUCGAACGCUCCAAUAGAUGCUCAACACUCGGAGGAUCUUAAGACGGCUUUGUGCUUAGCUGCUUCAGCUGGUAACACUGAAUCUUGCGCAGUUCUAUUAAGUGAAGGUGCUAAUCCAACUGUAAAAGACAUGGCUAGUCUUCUUCCGCUCCAUUACGCAGUCCAAUCGGAUAAUUUGCCUUGCGUCCAACUAUUACUUUCAAAUUCAGCUGGUUUAACUGGACUGGUGAAAGCACUGGAGAUGGCCAGUAGCCCCGAUGUUGAAAGAGCCAUAAAAGAUAGCAUGCUUAGACGCCAAUCUGACAUCGUUGCGCCCGCUCUCUUUGAUUGUGCCGUUAAGGGUGACGUUCAAAAACUGUAUACAAUUUUAGAAGACGGAGAUGAAGUUAAUCCUAUGAGUGCCGCCGGAGAUUGGCCUUUAUACCUUGCCGCUGAAAAUGGCCAUUUAGAAGUUGUAAAAUUCCUAAUUGAAAAAGGCGGAUCAUUGUACCUUAAACAUUCGAGAACGAAUUCCACAGUUCUACAUGCCGCCUCCAUGGGCGGCCACAUUGAUUUAUUGGUCUACUUAAUGCAGUUUACUACAAACAACCAGAAUUUUCGUCCCUUAAGGGAAAAAGAACAAUUAGGCAUUAAUGAUCUCACUUUUGAUAUGAAAACAGCAUUGCAAUUGGCUGCUGAUAAAGGUUUUGGACGAAUUGUAAGACUUUUACUAAGGAAUGGGGCAACAACAUCUGUAACUGAUUGGAAUGGAAAACUAUACAUUUGUCCAGAUUAUGAUGGUGUUCAACUAAUGAUUGAACAACAUAGAAGAGCUCAUAUAAAAGCAAUUAUGGAAGUACUUAACGAUAAGAAAGGUAUUCAGAGGUUAAAAAACAUCUGGCUGCUGAAAUUUGAUCAUAAUUUAAAAGAUAUAAACGGAAAUACUAUGUUGAUGUUAGCUUGUAGGCUGGGCAGAAGUGAUAUGGUUCAAUAUAUGCUUGAAUCUGCUGUAUACGAAUUAGAUAGGAGGCCAAAUACCCCAAGAUUACAUAACAAAAAAAUUGGAUUUUUAUCGAGCUCUUCGUCGUCUUUUAACGAGAUGAUUGCCUCACAAGAUGUCGAAAAUUCAUUAGGUACAGAAAAUGCUGAGAAUCCGGUAUUGCACGAUAGUAUUACCAACUUUAUGGAAGACCUUGUCAAACAAAAGGAGCAUAGUUUAGUUUAUCCUGAUAACAGAAUAAGUCACGUAAGUGUACAACACAGCCAAACUGGCAAAACCUCUUAUCAUUACGCAUUGGAUAAGGGUGACCAGUAUCAUAUUAUUAAAAUGCUGAUUGAAAAAGAUCAACAUGCAGCUAAUAUACAAGAUAGUAGCGGCCUAAGUGCAUUGCACUACUCUUGUUUACUGAAUCGUAAAAGAAGUGUCGAAGUAUUACUUAGCAAGAAAUCUACAGAUGUCAAUUUAAGAACACUGGAAGGUCAACUACCAGAAGAACUGACGAAAAUAAAUAAAAUUCGUAAAAUGAUUGAAGAUGCAAGGAAAGCAUCGCCUGAAAGAAUGAAAGGAUCAGCUUCUUAUGUUGGUGGAAUAUUCAGCAUGCCAUCAACUAUUCAUUCUGUAACUACUGAUAGCCUCAGCGGAUCAAGUGUUGAUUUCGACCGGCUUAAUACGCAAUUUGUCUUGAUGAAACAAAAAAUGAUGAAAUCAUCGGCAAAUACAGUUAUUGACUACAAGUAA